AUCUAAGUAGCUUUGAGAAGAUCAUAAAAAACAUUAAUUGCAAAAAAUAUCCUUUUCAGCGUUUUUAAGAUGGCUGAAGCAGUUGUGGACCACGAUGAGCACGUUACAGAUUUCGAGGAUAUAGUAGCCAGACUCACUGAUGCUUUUCCAAAAUUAAGUGUCAGGGUAAUACGGAAGGUUGCGGCUAGCUGCCGUAGGGACACUGUUCAGAUGGUCAUUCAGUUGUCAGCAAUUGAGGUCGAUGAGCAGCGCAAAGCGGAAGUUGAAGAAUCAAGAGCACUUAUGCCUGAAACAGAACAACCUUCAACUUCAGGAGUAGGACAUCAAAAACGGGGUACUUCGAUAAAGUCGCAAGUGAAGAAAUACACCAGCGGUUUCAACAUAGAGGAGUUCUUGGCAAUGUUUCCGAAUCCAGAAGAGACAUUCCGCAAUCCGGAGCGAGGGGAAGACGUUCUUGAUUUGACAACCGCAGAUUAUGUUGAACGUUUCUUCAUGAAUAGGUACCCAUCCAUCUACAAGAGCCACAUCUCGUUUUUGCUGUAUCAGGGAUCUAAGAGGCAACCAAAGUGCAAAAGUCUACUUAAGGUGGAUGAAGAGUUGCAGCAGGCAGAGCAAACAGGUGAGCAAGUUAUGAAGUGCCGUCGAAAACCAACAACUAUGAGGGUUGAUCCAGGCGAAGACAUUCGACUUUUACAAGAGCUUGCUUACUUGGAGCACCGUACUGAUAUUUUAGAUUGUAAGCUGAAGAAACAACAGGAAGAAACGGAUAGGAGAAAAAUUGCAAAAGAAAACGGUUUUUCAGUUUCGUGUCAAUGCUGCUUCGCGGACGACCUAUUCCCGGAAGAAGUGUAUUCAUGUAACAACGAUUGCUGUUUUUGUGGGGAAUGCAUCAGAAAGAGCUGCGAAUUGAAACUUGGUGAGGGAGACAUUCAGUUUCCGUGUUUGGCUGACUGUGGGUCGCAAUUUGCAUGGAAAACGCUGCAGGCGGCGCUUCCACCUACACUAUUGUCGAAACUAUCACAGCGUUACACGGAAUCUGAGAUUCGGGCGGCAGGACUUAAAGUUGACAGCUGUCCAUUCUGUAAUUUCCCCAACACCAUCGAUGAGGAAUAUACGUUGUUUCAGUGUUUAAACCCCAAAUGCUUGAAGGAGACAUGCAGGUUAUGCAAAGAGCUCAACCACCUUCCGUUGCGAUGCGAUGAGGUUGAGAAGGACGAAGAUGUCAAGGCACGCGUCCACGUUGAAAAUAAGAUGACCGAAGCAAUAUUGAGAACAUGCCACAGAUGUCAGAGAAAGUUUGUCAAGGAGGAGGACGGCUGCAACAAGAUAACGUGCAUAUGUGGUGCGGUGUCAUGUUAUGUCUGCAAUAAGCCAGUGACAGGGUAUGAUCACUUCAAUGGACUUGGAGGCAGUCAGUAUGAGAAGUGCCCGCUGUAUGUCGACAUGCUCGCAUUGCAACAACGUGAACUUACUGCGGCAGCUGAUGAAGCGAAGAAGCAAGUUGGUCCCAACAGGUUGAAGUCUGAUCCGUCAAUUGAUCUUGACAAAUACUUUGAACAUAAACGACAGACUACCGCGCAACCAAGAUGGAUGCAGGUACUGCAAGCAGUAAAUCAUCCCAGAGAGCCCCAAAGAGAACUAAAUGAGAUUCUCAAUGUACAGGAACCAAUACCACCUCCAAAUCCAAGAGAACCCGAGGUACCAAGACAACGACGAAUGAUGUUACCUGCUCAACAACAGCGGGAUGAGCCUAGGGUUGCUCGCGAAUACUUGGAGGUACUACCAGUUCUAAACAUGAGAAUACCUCGCCCGGCAAGGCCACCUCCAAAUCCAAGAGAACCCGAGGUACCAAGACAACGACGAAUGAUGUUACCUGCUCAACAACAGCGGGACGAGCCUAGGGUUGCUCGCGAAGACUUGGAGGCACCACCAGUUCCAAACAUGAGAAUACCUCGCCGGGCAAGGCCACCUCCAAAUCCAAGAGAACCCGAGGUACCAAGACAACCAUGAAUGAUGUUACCUGCUCAACAACAGCGGGACGAGCCUAGGGUUGCUCGAGAAAACUUGGAGGCACCACCAGUUCCAAACAUGAGAAUACCUCGCCGGGCAACGCGACAUACAAAUCAAGAUCAACCACAGGCGCCAUGACGUGUUCGUCAAUACCAGGGGGCACAGAUACCUGUUCGACGAGGGGGAUCAACUGCUGAGAAGUCGACUAAGACUAAGAAAGUCUGAAAGGAUACUGACUGGAGUUUGCCUGCUUUCCAGUUUCCUGUUUUAUCUACGUGUCAGUGAUUUUAAUUCUUAACAAAGCCUUAUAUUAUUUCUAAUUAAAUAAUGAUGUAAAAAAAAAUAUUAUAUUAUUUAAAUAUGCAAUAUGUUAGCUUAUUUCCUUUUAUAUGCUGUAUUUUAUUGUCUUACUUCAAAGUUUCGUAUUAACGUCACUUUUUAAAGUCUAUGUGUGAUUUUUUUGUACUAUUUGAUCGAAUACAUUAUUUACAUUUAAA